GAAGAUGGCGGCGGCUCCUCCGGCCUCGGGCCUGUCCAAGGCCGAGUAUCUGCGGCGGCGCUACCUGGAGGCCGGCGGGGCCGAGGCGGACAAGAAGCGGCGCAAGAAGAAGAAAGCGGGCAAGGAGCCUUCGGGCGGGCGAAUGCGCAUAGUGGAUGAUGAUGAUAUGAGCUGGAAAAGCAUCCCUGUUGAACAGGAAAAGGACGAAGAAGAGGGGGAUGAUGGUGACUUGCCUGUGGUGGCUGAGUUUAUUGAUGAACGACCGGAUGAAGUUAGAUGGAUGGAAGAAUUCCGAACCAGUAACAAGUGGAAGCUAUUGGGAGAUCAGAACGAAGAGUCACAAGGCUCUGACCUUUCGGUGACUGCAAAAUCAACAAACAGUUCAGAAGCCACAAAACAGAAGAAAACAAAGCACCAGUCCCCGCCCAGGAGGGGCCGCCACGAUUCACUGGACCAGUCGCUGCCCAGGAGGGGCAGCCAUGACUCAACGGACCAGUCCCCGCCCAGGAGGGGCCACCAGGACAUGCCAGACCAGUCUCCGCCCAGGAGGGGCCGCCGCCAUGACUCAGCAGACCAGUCGCCGCCCAGGAGGGGCCGCUGGGACACGCCAGACCAGUCGCCGCCCAGGAGGGGCCGCCAUGACUCAGCAGACCAGUCGCCGCCCAGGAGGGGCCGCUGGGACACGCCAGACCAGUCGCCGCCCAGGAGGGGCCGCCAUGACUCAGCAGACCGGCCCCUGCCCAGGAGGGGCCGCCGGGACACCCCAGACCGGUCCCCGCCCAGGAGGGGCUGCUGGGACUCCUCUGAUCUGUCUCCUAAAAGGCUCCAUUCUGGGGCAGGCAAAAAUAAUAGUAGAACUUUGGGCAGAGGCCACCAGGAAUGCUUCCCAGACCUGCCCUCAGCCCAUCAGAGGUGGCAGGCGACCCCUGACGUGUUACCAACCCAAAUGAAAACUUGCAGUUCUGAUGCAGACCUGUUGCUUCCUCGGAAGCAGCUGUCAUCCAGAGGCGCUAAGCAGCGUAAUCCGAGGGCACCUUCACCGAGGAAACGCCAGAGACACGAUUCCGAGUCUGGUUCUGAUUCCCCCUUGCUGAAGAAGAGUGCCAGAUCCUCCUCCGAUUCAGACCUUUCCCCGCCACGGUCCACUCACUCUGCGGGCGGGCGGCAGCAAAAGCCCUCUUCCGAUCUCUCUCCUCCCAGAAGGACUCGGCGCAGGUCUUCAGACUCUGAUUUGUCUCCUCCCCGAAGGGGUCGAGAAGCUCACCAGAAGGUCCGCAGGUCCAGGAGCCCGCCUCCCCUCUCCCCCGCUCCUCAGACCACGGACUCCAAAGGGAGGGCUAACAGCCAAAGGGGCCCCCAGAUGCUUUCGGGGGGCAAAGCUGGCCUGGUGUCGGCUGAACUGCUAAGGAGGGAGCAGCAGGAGCUCAGGAAGCAGGGCGGCAGCGGCGGCGGCAAACAUCUGGAAGCUGAAUCGCAGCAGGCGGAAACCAUUUUCCGGGAUAAGUCGGGGCGCAAGAGGGACUUGAAGCAGGAAUGGCUGGAACAGCGCAAGAAAGCGGAAGAGAAAUCUGAGCGAGACGAGCAGUACGCCAAGUGGGGGAAGGGCCUCGCACAGAGCAGGCAGCAGCAGCAAAACGUGGAGGAUGCAGUGAAAGAAAUGCAGAAGCCUCUGGCCCGGUACAUCGAUGACCAGGACUUGGACAAGAUGCUGCGGGAGCAGGAGCGGGAAGGCGACCCCAUGGCCGACUUCCUAAGGAAGAAGAAGGUCAAGGAGAGGAAAGACCCCAAAGAAAAACCCAAGUAUAGCGGACCUGCUCCCCCACUCAACAGGUUCAACAUCUGGCCUGGAUAUCGCUGGGAUGGAGUUGACAGGUCCAAUGGUUUUGAGCAGAAGCGCUUUGCCAGAAUCGCAAGCAAGAAGGCGGUGCAGGAGCUGGCGUACAAGUGGAGUGUUGAGGACAUGUAAAUGGCCCGCCUAAGAGGUGCGAGAACGUCCCCCCAAGGCCCUGCGCCGCCACAAGGGGCCCUAGCAACCCGGUGUUCAUGAGUUUCACCUUAUAGGGGCCCCUCCAGGUGAUGCAGGGAGCAGCUUUCUGUCUCCAGACAGACAGACAGGGGGGCUGAUGGGAGUCCUGGAGUGUAUAUGUUGUGCUAGAAGGAGUGUGAGGGUCAGCCGUGGUGAGGAACCUGCUUGAAUGGAAAUGCAGCACGCUUGAAAGCAACUGGCCCCUUAGAGAUUAAUCUCACAGAGCACUUGAAGCACCACACCGGGUCUUCAGCUGUGCCCCAGAUCUCAGGGUGUGUGGGGAGAGGACGCUUUCACUGAGGCACCUUCCUUGUGUGCCCCGGAGCAUAGACGGUUUCGGCUGUGGCUGCUGGAUGUGGUUGAUACCACGCGCUCGUUGGUGACUCUGAGCUUCAUGGUUUAAAUCAGCGCAGCGUAUCGUUGGGUUUCCUGACUUGUGGAUUGUGCAGGGAGUUCCUGUUGCAUUUUCCUAAAAGGGGCAGCUGGAGUUCUUCAUUAUUGUUUGACAAUAAAUUUGUCUGCAGCAGCUAAAGAGGUUGGUUGGGAAGUUAACAUGCAACGUUUAAAGCUCUUGCAUUUCCCCUUAAUUGCCUGCUCUUGAGGGUCUUCGAUUGGAAUUCCUACAAGGUGCAAAUACUUUUUCAUACAGAACAGGAAACUUUGCAGGUGAGGGUGGGAGUAAGGGGCUGUUCAUAACUGUUUUCUUAAUCUCCUUUGUAAUUUGAAUGUACAGUUUGUAAAUAACACCUUUCUUUUUUUA